AUGUGGAAAAUUUCGCUCCUCUUAGUCCUUUGUGUUCUGCACUUGUCUUAUAUUCAAGCUCAAUCGAAUCGCGAGUACUGUGAGGAUGUAUACAAGGAUUGUCAACGAUUUACUCCUAGAAUAGGCCGAUUUGAUGAGACUAUAGAUUCUUUUAAUCGAUAUUGUCGUCGGGAGCGUCUAGGAAGAUGGAAUAAUGUAUCUCGAUGUGAAAUGGAAAAGGCCACCUGCCUUCUAAUCUUACGUCGCUGUGAUGACAUGUCCUGCAAUAAUAUUGCCGAAGUAUUGGAACUAUAA